AUGAGUACCAUUAAAUGUCCUCCCGGUAUUAAAGUGUUUAACAAGAUUGCCGACUUUCGACAAUGGCGUCGUAGUUUAUUGUUAGAUAAGAAGACCCUUGGUUAUGUUCCCACCAUGGGAGCUCUCCACCAAGGUCACCUCUCUUUAGUGGCAGCAGCAAGAAAACGUUGCGAUCAUGUUGCACUCACCGUGUUUGUAAAUCCUGCACAAUUUGCGCCAACAGAAGAUCUCGGCACUUACCCACGUACUUUGCAAAAGGAUUUAGAUUUAUUGGCGAGUUUAGGUCAAGGUGUUGCAUCCGCUGUACUUGUGCCUCAAGUUGAGGAAAUGUAUCCUGCAGGUAUCGAGUUGGAUGUGACGAAACAGAAGGGUACUUUUGUGGAGGUCUUGGGUAUCUCCAACCAAUUGGAAGGUACUACACGUCCCAAUUUCUUUAGAGGUGUAGCAACUGUCGUAUCAAAGUUCUUGAAUAUUGUUCAACCAGAGGAAGUGUUUUUUGGACAAAAAGACAUUCAGCAAUGCUUUGUUAUCCGUGAUAUGAUCAGGGACCUUCAUUUCCCAACCAAAAUGCACAUUUGUCCUACUGUACGUGAAGAAAGUGGGUUAGCUUUAUCCUCUAGAAAUGUUUACUUGACACCCAGUCAAAAAGAACAUGCACUUGUUUUAUCCCGCUCGUUAAAACACAUGGAAAGUCUUUAUCGAGCAGGUACUCGUGAUGCAACAACACUUGUUCAGGCAGGUACCAAACUUAUUCAAGAUGAACGUAAAAAAGUCCAAGAGGAUGGAGAGGAUUGGGAGAUCAAAUUGGACUACGUUUCUAUUAAUUCAGGAAAGGAUCUUAGUGAAUUGAAAGGAGACAUUCUAAGUGAAGAUGGAUGUGUUAUCAGUAUGGCUGUAUACGUUGGGGAUACGAGACUUAUCGAUAACCUUUGCUUAGAUGUUGAAUUAGCUGAUUGA